AUGGUUGGUCAUCGAUGCUACGGACCACCCGGUCGUUUCGAUCGAUAUUACUACAUCGAUGAUGAACACUGGCAAGAGGAGGUGUUGGCGAUGAAGAAUGUUGGCUCGAUAACGCUCAGAGAGUGCUCGAUUGUGCCAUUCAACAAGAUGUUCUGGACUGAGAUUGGGACGUUCAUGGCCGAGAUGUCAUCGCGCUCAGUAGACUUGUGGAUGGUGUUGUUGGCCGAGAGUGGUGAGGAUGCCCCGCCACAGUUGGAACAUCUUCCCCUGUCCACGAUACUGUUGGAGCUCAAGGGUGCUCAUGAAUAUGGCGCGGAACGCGUAUGGUUUGCUAGAUUGCCACGAACACUCAAACGUCUAGACCUCAAGGGUAUCGUGGUUAUGGACCUCUUUGACGCUGGGGUCAUGGACCUGCCCUCAUGCCAAACUAUCAAAGGUUGGAGCAAAAGCUUACCCUCAUCAAAUACCUUGCCCGUCAAUCUCAAAGAGAUAUCAUUCUCAGACAACUUUACCGGUCCGAUUAGCAGCAAUAACCUCCCGCCACAGUUGGAGUCCAUCACGCUUGGCAUGGGAGUCCGUCAUCCACUCAUCAACCUUCCGGCGAGCGUUACCAAACUAUCGUUGCCACAUGGGUAUGAACAACAGAUCAAUCACGCGCCUCUAUUGAGCCUGAUCUACAAGCGCGGACCCUCAGUGCCAGACCUCGUCUGUCCCUCACUCACAUCACUCGAGUGUGAGAGCGUGGGCAUCAAGGAACUGUCGCGCAUCCAUUCGGCAGCGUUCCCUAAGCUCACGACACUCAAACUUGGCAGGAUUGAUGAAGAUUGUUGGCGCGGCCCUCUUGACCUCUCCACAUUGCCGUCGACACUCCGCCAUCUUGAGAUAUCGGCCUGCGGACCAAUCACUGGACUUCCAAGCGAGCUCGACACGUUGAUGAUGUCCUGCACUGAGGAGUUUAGGAUCACAAGCUCAUCCACAUUGCCACAAUCACUCAGAUCAUUGUCAAUGCAUCAGUAUGCACAUGCUUUGAUGUCUGGUGACAUCCCAUCCAACUUGGUCUCGCUCUGUCUCACACUUUGUCGACAUUGUCCACAUCCAGGAGUACUGCCAACAUCCUUGAGAAGGUUGGAGCAGUAUCGAGCUGAGCCACCUGAUCAUCUAGCUGACAUCCUGGCCUGUACAACAUUGAUUGACAUCAAUCUACAUGGAAGGAAUCACGGUGGCUUGUUAGAACUACGUCGCAUCAACCAAUCACUCUUCCUCAACUACUCUGUUCACCUACCAAACUUUGGAUUCAUCGACACCAAUGCCAUCCUAUCAAAGUACAAAGUUGCAAAGCAUUGA